AUGUCCUCUACACAGCGUGGGUUGAGGACUUUACUGGGCGAAAAUGCAGUAAAGCGUAUACGUACCUCGAAGGUGUUGUUGGUAGGUGCUGGUGGAAUUGGAUGCGAGCUAAUCAAGGAACUCGUAGUAGCCGGAUUCGGGGAAAUCCAUCUUGUGGACUUGGACACAAUUGAUCUCAGCAAUCUGAAUCGGCAAUUUCUGUUCAGCCAGCAACACAUUAAAAAACCUAAAGCGCUUGUUGCGAGAGAUGUGGCCAAGGAGUUCAAUCCCAAUGUGAAUAUCGUGGCUUACCAGGACAAUAUUAUGGAUGCCAAGUUCUCUGUCAAAUGGUUUGAAUCGUUCGAUCUGGUAUUUAAUGCCCUGGAUAAUGCCCAGGCCCGGCAGCAUGUCAAUAAAAUGUGUGUAGCCACAAACACACCCCUGUUUGAUUGCGGAACUGCCGGCUUCCUCGGUCAAUGCCAAGUUAUUAUUCCUGGUAAAACAGAGUGUUACGAUUGUCGCGAACAUCCUGCUCCAAAGUCCUUUGCUGUUUGUACCAUUCGAAGUACACCUUCGUUGCCCAUUCAUUCUAUUGUGUGGGCUAAAAGUUUUUUGUUUAGCUUACUUUUUGGACCCCCAGCCGCCGAGAGUCAAUUCGACGAAACAGAAACAGAUGAUAACCGUGAAGAGCUUGAAAAACUCCGUAAGGAACAGAACGAGCUUGGAGAUUUACGUGAAAAUUUAACUAGUCCUGAUUUUAUGAACAAACUUGUGCAUAAGAUCUUUAUGGAGGAUAUCAAACGUCUUCUAUCGAUGGAUGCCAUGUGGGAGAAUAGACGAGCCCCCGUGCCACUGGAGGUUCCUGAAUACUCCUCCAAAGAUGGUCAGACUUUGGCCUCACAAGAUCAAAGGGUGUGGACAACCGCUGAGAGUCUCUCGGUGUUAGCUGAUAGCGUGGAGCGUCUCGUGUCUCGCCUAGAGGCGGAAAAAGAGAUUUCGUUCGAUAAAGACGAUGAGGAUACUUUGGACUUUGUUGCCGCUGCUUCUAAUCUUCGCUCGAGUAUUUUCGGACUAGGGCUCAAAUCCAAGUUUGCUGUUAAAGAGAUCGCUGGUAAUAUCAUCCCUGCCAUUGCCACGACCAAUGCAAUUGUUUCCGGACUAGGCGUCAUUGAAGCAAUGAAAUAUCUGGCUGGUCUUGACGCUGAUUUGAGGUCUGUCAACAUUUGGCGGUCUGCCGAUCGAGUGUUUACGAGCGAGAAGCCAGCAGCACCAAACCCCGAGUGUUUGGUGAGCGGAGUAGCAAGGACUACAAUGACUGCCCCAGCUGAUUUCACGAUUAACCAGCUCAUUGAGGAUAUUCUUAAGCUCAAGCUUGGUUAUUCUGAGGUGAGCAUUUUGAGCGAUCGACUGCUUGCAGAUCCAGACUAUGACGACAACCUUGAAAAAACCCUCCAAGAGCUCAGUCUACAUGAUAAGUUUGUCACUGUGAUCGAUGACGAUGAUGAACGAGUAAAUUUAGAGAUUUACAUUACAGAAGGCCCUGUCAAUAUUGAACAAGUGGAGAUCCCCCUGCGUCCAAACCAGUCAGAAGCUGAUUCUGAGCUAUUAGACCCCGCAGACUCAAUACCACCAAUUUCCUCAAAGCGAACCGCUCAGGAUGCUGGUCUUCCUGGGACUACAAGUAGCGCACCAGGUCAAACAUUUGUUGACCUUACAGAGCAAGAUGAUGCUAUCGAUCUAACGUAG